GCUACCUACAACAACUUACAACAACUUACAACAACUACGUGCUCUAUAUCUCUAUCUCAAGCUGUUGGAUACGCAAUGCAGACAGCGUAAUAGGCGUUAUAAUGGGACCUUCACCAAUUAGAGAGGAUAAUACAGCUGAGAAUAGCGCUUCUUUCGACAUCGUCCAACACGGUCACAAGGAUUUAGUUCAAGCAAUCGCUUUCAACGCAUAUGGCGACAGAUGCGCCACAGGUAGUGUAGACGGGAAGAUUCGCGUCUUCAAUCGACACCAAGAUGGUAUUUGGCGAUUGUGCGACAACUGGAAAGCUCACACAGGCGAGAUUCUAGAGCUUCAAUGGCUGCCACCCACCAUAUAUCCCAAUUUACUAGCCUCCCUCGGCAUCGAGGGUCGCUUUAGACUAUGGGCUGAGGACCCUUCAGCCGCCCCGGGAAGGCGUUUCAGUGCGAGGGACGGGAAUGGCAAGAACGUUUCCGAGCUGAGGUCCGCCCGGUAUCCCUAUAGGUCCUUUUCGGUCAAGCAUGAUGAGGUAACCCGGUCUACAUAUGUCGCCCUUCUUGCCUCGGAUGGCCAUCUCACAGUAUACGAAGGCGAAGAGCCCGAGACUCUAACUGACUAUGCAAAGUCUGAUGACUUCCAGGCUUGCACUAAGCCGAAUCGUGGCGAGGAAACAUGUUUUAAAGUUCGCUUUGACCCGAAUCCUGAGCCCUGCUACAAUGCCCUGAGAGCCGGCGUACCAGCGGAUGCAUUGAGUCUGGUAGUAUCGGGCUUAACCACGGUAAAAAUCUUUAGAACUCGUGAUACUGUUGCUAGCUCCUUCGGCGCCCCGACAAGACAAAGACAGUUCUACCUAGCUAUUGAGAUCGGAGAUCAUAAUCACUUAGUCCGAGACGUCGCCUGGGCUCCCGGAAACUAUAGGGGCUACGACAUGAUUGCUACUGCAUGCCAAGACGGUUUCGUGCGGGUGUUCCGGGUUGAUACUCCCUUCUCACAGGACGAUGGCAAAUCCUGGGCUCUAGCGGAUAUUCUAGGUAGUGCAAAAGCCGACGAAAACCCCGCUUCCAAAAGUGGUCAUCUCCGUAGAUCUUCUCAAGCUCCUUCCGGCAUAAGAGCUGAGAUCGACAAGUCCGGGACUCACGGAGAACGUACCUCAACCGAUCUACCGGGACAGGUCCACCACACUGUUAAGCUGCUGUCUAAACUCAGUGCCCACCGGUCUCCUGUAUGGAGAAUCGACUUCGACGACGAUGGUCAAAUUCUAGGAAGCGUCGGGGAUGAGGGCAAGUUAAUAUGCUACCGACAACUUCCCGACGGAUCGUGGGCUAAGAGCUCAGAAUUAGGCAUGAUGAAAGCUAGGAUGACUGCCCCGCCCAUCCAUAUGGGUUGAAGGGCCUGCGAGUGAGGUCUAAACUCACAAUACCAUGAUACCCCGCAUCGAAAUAAACAAAUAUAAUCAAACGAUAUCGCGCAAUAUGGAUAGAAUACCUUGGGUGGCGUGGUUUAGAGGACUCCUUAUUCUUAUAGAGCUAAUCAAACGAAUUAUGCAUAAAAUUUUUCGUGUUUGACCCGUUUCUCAACGUCACAAGGAGUCGCAAUUCUACACUCGUCUAUUCUAGACAUCUCAGAAGCACGGGUUAUCACCAUCUGAUAAUAUUCAGAAACCUGUUUCAGCGAGCUCUUAUAUUACGAAUAAGUAACCGCUGAAAGUCAUGCUCUACCCGAACAAUCAAGUAUCCUCAUCCUCCAUUAUCUCCCCUCCAAUUUCGUCAUCCAUCUUAUUAUUAUGGUGGACUUGGAUUCAUUAUAUUUCUAUGGCAGGAUCAUUAUCGUACCUAAGCAGCCGGAACAUAGCUCCAUUACCAUCGACACGAUCAGGCACUCCUCUUCCAGGCUCUAAUUCCAUCCUCAUCCGAAGAGGUGGGUUGGUGGUAGCCUCUAUAACCCAUACCUCUACGGUUACGAGCCAAGUCGCAAACUAGAGUACGUAGUACGGGGAUUGAUACUGCUAUUAUAGCGGUCGCUAUCUCAGCUAUGCUGCGAGUUACUAUCUCGAUGCUGAGGUCUAAGAUCCGUUGUUGGGUUAGCCUCGCCCAUAAUUAUUAUUAGUUUAAUAAAUGCCAUAGAAUAUAC